AUGCUCCCAUCUCGCUCCCGUUGCACUUUACUUCGGAUCUCAGAUGCACUAGUGCAUUUAGAGUCUGCACAGAUUUCAUAGUUUCUACAACGAAUUUAAUUUCUUUCUUCCCUGUGUGAGUCUCAUCUUGAGAUUUCUGAUAUAUUGUGGAAACAUAUGAAGAAAGUGCUUCGAAGAUGUGGAAGGCGAUUAUAGUGGUGUUGAUAUGUUUUAGCUUCUUCGUGAGAGCUGAGAAUGUGACGACAAACAUUGAUAAUGAUGUAAAAAUUGAGGAAAAGCGGACGUGUAAUUGCCGAUGUGGCGAAAGGAACGAAGCGUCCCGGAUAGUGGGCGGUGUAGAGACCGCGGUCAACGAGUUCCCCUGGGCGGUGAGGUUGUCCUACUUCAAGAAGUUCUACUGUGGGGGCAUGCUCAUCAACGACCGCUAUGUGCUUACAGCGGCACACUGUGUUAAGAGUUUCAACUGGUUCAUGAUCAAAGUGACUCUGGGCGAGCACGACCGGUGCAACGCCACCCGGCGACCUGUCACCAGGUUUGUCGUGGAAAUGGUUCUCCACAACUUCACUUACUCCAAUUUUAAGGAUGACAUAGCUCUGCUGAAGUUGAACGAACCAGUCACGAUUACUGAUACUGUCAAGCCGAUUUGCUUGCCUAAAGAUGAUGGACAAACGUACGUAGGUGUAAAGGCAAUCGCAACAGGCUGGGGUUCCUUAACAGAGGAGAAGAACCAUUCCUGCAAGUUGAUGGAAGUGGAGGUCCCGGUGCUAAGCAAUGACGAAUGCAAGAAGGUUAAGUACAUGCCUAACAUGAUUGCUGACACCAUGCUUUGCGCUGGCUACCUUAAGGAGGGCGGGAAAGAUACUUGUCAGGGUGAUAGCGGUGGGCCUCUUUGUGCUGAAAGAAAAGAUAACAAGUACGAACUUUUAGGUGUGGUCUCCUGGGGAGUGGGCUGCGGACGUCCAGGGUACCCCGGGGUAUAUACAAGGGUCAACAAAUAUUUGGAUUGGAUCCGAGAAAACGCCCGCCAAGGCUGCUAUUUAUAUUCUGGAAAUCAGUUACAUUUUGGAAGUCACAGCGAAAAGAUGCUUUUCCUACCACUGUUGUGUUUUGCUUUCUUACAAGUGCAGAAUGCCACUGCAUUAUUUGAUUUUCUCUUGGGAAGACAGAAAAUCUGCGUCUGUCGCUGUGGCAUACAAAGACCAGUUACUCAGAGCUGGCUGAGCCGCGACUCGGUGUCUCCGAACCAGUACCCUUGGUUAGCGGCGGUGGAGGUUGGCUCAAGAUACAUUAGCGGGGUCUUAUUGUCUGACUCACAUAUCGUGACCGCUGCGUCUCCUUUGUAUGGCGUUUCAAGUAGUGAGGUGACCGUGACUCUAGGCAGUCGCGAUCGCUGCGGCUACGGCGAUGACACCAGCAGCCACGGUGCCGACUCAAUCCUCAUCCACCCUAGCUACUCAACGACCACCAGCGACAACGACAUAGCGCUGAUCAAGCUGAGGAACAAGGUCUCCUUCACUAACCUCAUCUCUCCUGUUUGUUUGCCUAUUAUUGGAUCAGACAGAUCAGGAAAAGUGGCUUCAGUUGCCUCAUGGGGCAACUAUUCGAGUGGCUCCAGCUGCUUGCCGAAGGUGGCGUCUUUGCCGUUAUUGUCGUCAGAUACCUGCCUCACCAGCUCCAUCAAUGUCUCCAUGGUGACGUCAGACAAAGGCUGUUUGGGACCCGCUGGCACUACAAGUGUUAUAUGCAGCGAUGACGUCGGCGCUCCAGUGAUGACGCAAUUGCUGAAGAAUGGAGCAUUUCGUCUGGUUGGGAUCAUAUCUUCUGCGUCCUGUGAGCAGGAGACCACUCCUCUGUAUACCAGCAUAAGUUCCCAUGCCGCCUGGAUCCGCCAGCAGAUUCGUUCGGAUUGCCAGUGUUUCUAAUUUUGAAAAUUAUUUUGUUUUCGAUUAAUUAAAUGUCAAAAACGGAGCAUCUGAUUGUUGUACUAAA